AUGGCAAGAAAUGCACUACUCUGUAGCAAACACCUGUUUGACAACUGCUCAUCCUCUGCUUUCGCCAAACUCCUGGAUGCCAAGCCCUCACCCGACGCGCGUGCUGUCCACGCUUGCAUCCUCAAGUCCCAUUUCAGUACUGAGGUCUUCAUCAACAACAGGCUCAUCGACGUCUACGGAAAAUGCGGGAUUUUCAGCUAUGCCCGCAGGGUGUUCGACAAAAUGCCCUUCAGAAAUACAUUCACGUAUAACUCGAUGAUCGGCUCGUUUUCCGCGUCGGGCUCGAUCGAUGAAGCCGAGAGGGUGUUUGUUUCCACUCCCGAGCCCGAUCAGUGCUCGUGGAAUCUAAUGGUGUCUGCUUUUGCUCAGCUCGAGAUGUUCGGUAAGUCGCUGCAGUAUUUUGUGAAAAUGCACAAAGAAAAUUUCGUGCUAAACGAGUACAGCUAUGGGAGUGCGCUUAACGCUUGUGCCCGCUUGAGAGAUUUGGCAACGGGCGGCCAAAUUCAUGCUUCCCUGGCUAAGUCAAGGUUCUCGGCUGACGUCUACAUAGGUUCCGCACUUGUUGACAUGUACGCAAAGUGUGGUGAAGUUGACCUCGCACGAAAUGCCUUUGACAGCAUGACUCAACAGAACAUCGUGUCCUGGAAUAGCAUGAUUACUUGUUACGAACAAAACGGGCCCGUGAUUGAGGCUAUUCGGGUUUUCCGCGAGAUGAUGGAAUUCGGGCUCAAGCCCGAUAAAAUGACCCUAGCUAGCCUCGUGAGUGCUUGUGCCAGCUUGUGCGCGGCCAAAGAAGGUCGAGCUAUUCACUCCCUUGUCGUGAAAUCCGCAGCUUUUUGCAACGACCUCGUAAUUUCCAACACGCUCGUCGAUAUGUACGCAAAGUGUGGAAUGAUAAACGAAGCCCGUUGGAUCUUCGACCGAAUGCCGAUAAAAAAUGUCGUCUCAGAGACUUCAAUGGUGAGCGGCUAUGCCAGAGUUGCUGGGGUCAAGACCGCGAGGACAAUGUUUUCCGAGAUGAAAGAGAAGAAUAUCGUGUCUUGGAAUGCACUUAUAGCUGGCUACACACAGAACGGAGACAAUGAGGAGGCAUUGGGACUUUUUCUUCUCUUGAAAAAAGCGUCCGUGUGGCCCACACACUACACGUUCGGGAAUCUUCUCAACGCGUGCGCGAAUCUCGCGGACUUGAGGCUCGGCAGGCAGGCCCAUGUUCAUGUCCUGAAGCAGGGGUUUCGGUUCCAAAACGGGCCUGAGCCCGAUGUGUUCGUGGGCAAUUCCCUUAUAGACAUGUACAUGAAAUGCGGGUCGGUUGAGGACGGGAGAAGAGUCUUCCGGAACAUGGUCGAACGAGACGGCGUCUCGUAUAACGCCACGAUAGUUGGAUUUGCGCAAAACGGGCUUGGGCCCGAAGCUCUUUAUUUGUUCAAGGAGAUGUUGAAAUAUGGGGAGAGACCGGAUCAUGUGACCAUGAUUGGCGUUCUUUGCGCGUGUAGCCAUGCAGGGCUUGUUGAUGAAGGACGUGAGUAUUUUGACUCGAUGAGCAAAGUGUAUGGUUUGAAGCCACAGAAGGACCAUUAUACGUGCAUGGUUGAUUUACUCGGGCGAGCUGGCCGGUUAAUUGACGCGAAAAAAUUGAUUUUGUCAAUGCCGGUGCCUCCUGAUGGUGUUGUGUGGGGAUCUUUGCUUGGUGCGUGUAAAGUUCAUAGAGAUGUGAAUAUGGGGAGUUUUGUGGCUGAAAAGCUAUUGGAGAUUGAUCCAGAGAAUUCCGGGCCUUACGUGCUUUUAUCAAAUAUGUAUGCAGAAGUGGGUAUGUGGAAGGAUGUGAAGAGAAUCCGGAAAGUCAUGAGGAAGAGGGGUGUUGUGAAACAGCCAGGUUGUAGCUGGAUUGAGAUAAGGAGUGAGUUGCAUGUUUUCAUGGUCAAAGAUAAGAGGCAUCCUCAGAAGAAGGAAAUAUUUUUGGUGUUGAGAACUCUUACUGAUGUGAUGAAGCUUUCUGGAUAUGUCCCGAAUGUGGUGGAUUUUGAUGCUGAAGAGGAACGGAUGAAGCAUGAGUGUGCUUCGUUUGAAGAGUUUGAAAUGCCUCUGGUGGCAUCAUUAGGGUAG